AUGCAACCUAUCUCCCGAGCACGCAACUAUUGGACGGCCGAGGAAGAUCAAAUCUUGAAAGAGGAGGCAACUUUACAAGUUAAUAGCACUGGCAACGUGAAGAACUGGAGCAUCAUUGCCACAAAGCUGAAAUCAAGAACCAACAAAGAUUGCCGCAAAAGAUGGAGCAAAUUACAAACAAACGUGAACAAGGGUAUUUGGAGCUCAGAGGAGGAUCAUCGGCUCCGCAAGGCAGUAGAAAAACGUGGACUCUCUUGGACACUUGUGGCACAGGAUGUUCAAACUCGACAUGCAGAUCAUCCGAAUCUUAUCCGUGACGAUUGGAACGAGGAAGAGGAUGUGCGCCUAUUGGAGGCUGUUCAAACUCGUGGCCGGGCUUGGCGAGAAAUAAGUGAGAAGGAAUUCCCACGAAGGUCUUCGACUGAUCUGAAAAAUCGGUAUGCGGUAUUUGUCACGAAAAGGAGGAGCUGCGCUCACAUAUCAUGCACAGAUAUAUCAUUUUACAACGAAGACGCUUAA